AUGAGAAAGUUCUACCAACACAUCCUCGCCUUGGUGUUUGCUGUUGAUGAGAUCAAUGAGAAUCCCAAGAUCUUGCCCAAUUCUACUCUUGGAUUCCACAUCUAUGAUAGCUAUUUUGAUUCAAGGAUGACCUACCGAACUACUCUGGAUCUCCUCUUUAAAUCCCAUCACUUUGUCCCCAACUACAUAUGUGGCAUUCAGAGAAAAGUAGUAGGAGUCAUUGGGGGACUUAGCUCUGACACCUCCUCAUCCAUGGCAGACGUCUUAGGUCUCUACAAGAUUCCACAGGUGCCACCCCUUUCUUUAUGUAAUGCCAACUGCCUUCCUGGUUAUGAGAAGAGAAAGAAGGAGGGCAAGAAGUUUUGUUGUUAUGAUUGUGAUCCAUGUCCUCGUGGGAUGUUCUCAAAUAAAAAGGGGUUGGAAACCUGUGCAAGAUGUCCUCCUGAUCAAUAUCCAAAUGAAGAGCAGAAUGAGUGCAUUCCCAAGAAACCUAACGUCCUAGGCUUUGGUGAAACUUUGGCCAUUCUUUCAACUUUCUUUGUGCUUUUAUUCUCUCUGAUCACAGCUGUGGUACUUGGCAUUUUCAUUAAGCACCGGAACACUGCCAUCGUCAAAGCCAAUAACAGAAGCCUCACUUACAUUCUCCUCAUCUCCCUCCUCUUGUGUUUCCUUUGCUCUUUGAUGUUCAUUGGAAUGCCUAAUAAGGUGACCUGCCCACUCCGACAAACUGCUUUUGGCGUGGUCUUCUCAGUGGCCCUCUCCAGCAUCUUGGCCAAGACAAUUUCAGUAGUUUUGGCAUUCAUGGCUACCAAGCCAGGAUCCAGGAUCAGGAAAUGGGUAGGCAAAAAACUGGCUUAUUCCAUUGUCCUUUCCUGCUCUGUGAUUCAAAUGGGAAUCUGUGCCCUCUGGCUGGCAACCUCUGUCCCAUUCCCAGAUGUGGACAUGCACUCAAUGAGUGAAGAAAUUAUAUUACUAUGUAAUGAAGGGUCAACCCUAAUGUUCUAUUUUGUUUUGGGCUACAUGGGCUUCCUGGCCACUGUCAGCUUCACUGUGGCCUUCUUAGCCAGGAAGUUGCCUGACAGCUUCAACGAAGCCAAGUUCAUCACCUUCAGCAUGCUGGUCUUCUGCAGUGUUUGGUUCUCCUUUAUUCCCACAUACUUGAGCACCAGAGGAAAAUACAUGGUGGCUGUGGAGAUCUUCUCCAUCUUGGCUUCCAGUGCUGGGCUGCUGGGUUGCAUCUUUUCCCCUAAAUGCUACAUUAUUGUGGUGAGACCUGAGCUGAAUAACAGAGAGCAGCUGAUAUGGAGAAAGAUGUAA